AAACCAAACCAAACAAACCGGGAACGGAGCGGUGCGGCGGAGCGGUGGACCGCUGAGUGCGGUGAGCCGGGCUGCAGCCUGACAUGAUGUUUCCACAAAGCCGACACUCGGGCUCCUCUCACCUGCCGCAGCAGCUCAAGUUCACCACCUCCGACUCGUGCGACCGCAUCAAGGACGAGUUUCAGCUCCUGCAGGCCCAAUAUCACAGGUACGUGUCUGGUAACCGCCUCCAGAAACCGCCCCGAGCAUCCCGGGGGGGUCCGCUGUGCACCCGGAGUUGGGAUCGUCCGCUUUGGCAUCGCUUCCCUGCGCGGAGCGGGACGCGGCAUGGCCCGUCGGUGGCCAAAAGAUGGGCUCCGUGCAGCAGAACGCUCUGCCCUCCCUUCCCAGCCUGGAUUUCCCCCCGUGCACAGCUUUCCCAGGCCGCUAUCGCCUCCGUGUCCCACCUGGGAGACCGCCGUCAGCGUCCCGGGGGGAGGCCCGGUGCUCACCCACCGCUGCCUUCCUUUGGCAGAGGACCAGGAGGGGCCCCGGCCGUGCAGUUUGGCCCGGCAUUGGCCAAAAGCUGCAAUUCAGGCAGGGGGACGCUCUGCCCACCCCCAAAAGAUGGGAUUCUGGAAGGAGAGAACGCUCUUCCUUCCGCCCCCACCCCCAGCCAGGUCUUCCCCCGAUGCAGGGCUCAGCCAGCGCUGUGCACGGCUUUGCCAGCCCUCCCGUGUGCAGCUCUUCCAGCCCUCCCGCCUCUCGCUGGGAGUUUUCCUCCCCUCUCCCUGCUGGCUGCCAUUCUUGGAUCACGAAUGCUGCAGGGAGCACUUAAAGCCAAAUGCUUCCGCUUUUCCGCCUGCGGAAUGGCUUCUGCUGACCCAAAAGCUGGCUGCUGAUGGGCUCUCUUGCCGUUUGCUUUUUAGCUGCACGCAUGCACCAAACCGUUGCUCUGUGCCCUGUUGCUCCCACCCCCCCGGGGCUCAGCAUCGU